GUCCCGACAACCGGGCUGCUAUAGCAACAACAGUGACACGCGAACUACAAGCGCUUCCAGCUUGGGCUAGAAUCCUUCGUGCUAUCAUGGAUGAUAGCGCAGGUUAACACUUUGACAACAGAAGCAGAGAAACAAACAGCAUCCCUGAACUUAAUUGGAUGGAUUUAACGAGGUCAAAGUCUAAAAGUGGGGCAAGUCGUGACAUGAGUGCCGUCCGUCCGGGGUCUGGUAGGACAACCAGGGACCUCCGCUCCCGACGCGAGCCUGCCACUUUUCACGGCAACUUGAACGCGCCGGACUUUCCUGAUCUUAACAAGUACAAGGUCCUCCCAGCCAUCGCGAAGGCACGCUCAGGAAAUGCAAGCCUAUCGUCCUCAGAUGGGGGAGGGUCACUUGGUUGCGGCCGUGAGCCCGACGGGACCGGCACUUUGCUGCUGGCUAUCAGGGCGCCGUGCGGCGGCAGGUUCGAGAGGCACUUUGAUCCCGCAGAUCCAUUGCGGACUGUGAGGGACUGCGCAGAGGUCAGGUUCGGGACCCGGUACGGAGAGGUUUCUAUAGCAACCAUGGAUGUGCCACGCAGGAGCUUCACAGACUUGGACUUGACUCUGGUUCAGUGUGCCAUCCACGACAGAUCACUACUGUGCAUCACACCACUCUAAAUGGACAGGAGCAGGAAUAAAAAGAGCCCAAUUUAUGUGCUCAUUUUAUUGAUCCUUAGACUUUUUAGAGAUGUAAAAGGUAUACAUAUGCAACAGUAAUUGGCCAGAUUUCACAAUGUGCCAUUGUUGCCUUCACACUUUAAUGGAGCAGUUUAGCCAUUGUAUAGUGAACCUCUGAAUAUGAACUUUGAACUGGACAUAUUCAUGAUAUUCUAAUCUUCGGAGAUGUAAUUGUAACUCCUCUUGUAAGGCAUACUGACGUGUUGCAUGAUGGCAGUUCAGGUUUACUGUGACUUCAGAGGUGUAUUAAUGCCAAAAAUAAAUCUCCAUGGCCCAUUAGCAGGGAA